GAAACGUGUGGUUCUUUGACAAGAAAAUAGAUGUCAUGGAGACUUCAAUAGAACCAUCAAAAAGUGUGGAAAUCGAACCAGCACUUGCUGUAGUAGCUACACCAGUCACUGUUCAAGCUGUUGUACCACCACUCGUAACAACUGUCCCUGUUGUAGCAUCGGUUCCUGUGGAGUCCGUUGUAGCUUCAGUAGAGCCAACAGCAACACCAGCCGCACCUGUCCCCGCUCCGACACCAGUUAUUGUUGAAGCUGUCGUACUAUCAGAAGCAGUACAUCCAGUCGCAACAUCCGUACCUAUUCCAGCACUGGUUCCUAUGGAGUCCGUUGUAGCUCCAGUAGCGCCAACACCAACACCAGCGGCACCUGUUCCAGUCACUACACAUGUCACUGUUGAAGCUGUUGCACCACCAGUCGCAACAGCAGUCCCUGUUGUAGCAUCGGUUCCUGUGGAGACCGUUGUAGCUCCAGUAGCGCCAUCACCAGCGGCACCUGUUACUACCGCUACUCCUGUCACUGUUGAAGCUGUUGCACCAUCAGACGCUCCAACACCAGCGGCGCCUGUCCUCGCUCCAACAUCAGUCAUUGUUGAAGCUGUCGUACAACAAGAAGCAGUGCUUCCAGUCGCAACAGACGUCCCUGUUGCAGCACCGAUUUCUGUGGAGUCCGUGGUGGCUCCAGUAGUGCCAACACCAACACUUGCGGCACCAGUUUCUGCUGCAACACCAGUCACUGUUAGUGCUGUGGUCCCUGUUGCAGCACCGGUUCCUGUGGAGUCUGUGGUAGCGCCAAUAACAACACCAGUGACACCUGUUCCUGCCACUACACAAGUAAUUGUUGAAGCUGAGGUACCACUAGUCGCAACUACCGUCCCUGUUGCAGUACCGGUUCCUGUUGAGACCGUUGUAGCUCCAGUAGAGCCAACACCAUCACCAACGGCACCUGUUCCCGCCGCUACACCAGUCGCUGUUGAAGUUGCCGUACCACCAGUCGCAACUGCCAUCCCUGUUGCAGUACCGGUUCAUGUAGAAUCCGUGGUAGCUCCAGUGGAGUCAACACCAACACCAACGGCACCUGUUCCCGCUGCUACACCAAUCGCUGUUGAAGUUGCCGUACCACCAGUCGUAACGGCCAUCCCUGUUGCAGUACCGGUUCCUGUGGAGUCCGUGAUAGCGCCAACAAUAACACCAGUGAUACCUCUUCCUGCCGCUACACCAGUAACUGUUGAAGCUGCCGUAUCCCCAGUCGCAACGGCCAUCCCUGUUGCAGUACCGGUUCCUGUUGAGACCGUGGUAGCUCCAGUGGAGCCAACACCAACACCAGCGGCACCUGUUCCCGCCGCUACACCAAUCGCUGUUGAAGCUGCCGUAUCCCCAGUCGCAACGGCCAUCCCUGUUGCAGUACCGGUUCCUGUUGAGACCGUGGUAGCUCCAGUAGAGCCAACACCAACACAAGCGGCACCAGUUCCUGCUGCAACACCAGUCACUUCUGAAGCUGUCAUAUCACCAGUCGCAACGGACAUCCCUGUUACAACACCGGCUCCUGUUGAGACCGUGGUAGCUCCAGUAGAGCCAACACCGACACCAGCGGCACCUGUUCCCGCCGCUACACCAAUCGCUAUUGAAGCUGUCGCACCACCGGAAGUAGUACUUUCAGUCGUAACGGCCAUCCCUGUUGCAGCACCGGUUCCUGUGGAGUCCGUGGUAGCUCCAGUGGAGCCAACACCAACACCAGCGGAACUUGUUCCCGCCGCUACACCAAUCGCUGUUGAAGCUGUCGCACCACCGGAAGUAGUACUUCCAGUCGUAACGGCCAUCCCUGUUACAGUACCGGUUCCUGUGGAAUCCGUGAUAGCGCCAACACCAACACCAGUGAUACAUCUUCCUGCCGCUACACCAGUAACUGUUGAAGCUGCCGUAUCCCCAGUCGUAACGGCCAUCCCUGUCACAGUACCGGUUCCUGUGGAGUCCGUGAUAGCGCCAACACCAACACCAGUGAUACCUCUUCCUGCCGCUACCCCAGUAACUGUUGAAGCUGCCGUAUCCCCAGUCGCAACGGCCAUCCCUGUUGCAGUACCGGUUCCUGUUGAGACCGUGGUAGCUCCAGUAGAGCCAACACCAACACAAGCGGCACCAGUUCCUGCUGCAACACCAGUCACUGCUGAAGCUGUCAUAUCACCAGUCGCAACGGACAUUCCUGUUACAGCACCGGUUCCUGUUGAGACCGUGGUAGCUCCAGUGGAGCCAACACCAACACCAGCGGCACCUGUUCCCGCCGCUACACCAAUCGCUGUUGAAGCUGUCGCACCACCGGAAGUAGUACUUCCAGUCGUAACGGCCAUCCCUGUUGCAGCACCGGUUCCUGUGGAGUCCGUGAUAGAGCCAACACCAACACCAGUGAUACCUCUUCCUGCCGCUUCACCAGUCACUGCUGAAGCUGUCAUAUCACCAGUCGCAACGGACAUCCCUGUUACAGCACCAGUUCCUGUUGAGACCGUGGUAGCUCCAGUGGAGUCAACACCAACACCCGCGGCACCAGUUCCUGCUGCAGCACCUCUCACUGUUGAAGCUACCGUGGUAGCUUCAUUAGAGCCGACUCAAACACCAGUGGCUCCUGUUCCUGCCGCUACACCAGUCACUGUUGAAACUGUUACACCACCAGUCGCAACAGCCGUCCCUGUUGUAGCAUCGGUUCCUGUGGAGUCUGUUGUAACUCCAGUAGAGCUAAUACCAGCGGCCCCAGUUCCCGCGCCAACACCAGUCACUGUUGAAGUUGCCGUCCCACCAGAAGCGGUACUUCCAGUCGCAACAUCCGAACCUGUUCCAGCACUGGUUCCUGUCGAGUCCGUGGUAGCUCCUGAAGGGCCAACACCAACACCAGCGGCACCUGUUCCAGUCACUACACAUGUCACUGUUGAAGCUGUUGCACCACCAGUCGCAACAGCCGUCCCUGUUGUAGCAUCGGUUCCUGUGGAGUCCGUUGUAGCUCCAGUAGAGCCAACACCAACACCAACGGCACAUGUUCCUGCUGCAACACCAGUCAUUGUUGAAGUUGUCGUACCACCAGAAGUAGUACUUCCAGUCGUUACGGCCGUCCCAGUUGCAGCACCGGUUCCUGUCGAGUCCGUGGUAGCUUCAGUUGAGCCAACACCAACACCAGCGGCACCUGUUGUAGCAUCGGUUCCUGUGGAGUCCGUGGUAGCUUCAGUUGAGCCAACAUCAACACCAGCAGCACCUGCUCCUGCCGCUACACCUGUCACAGUUGAAGUUGCCGUAUCACCAGUCGCAAGGGCAAUCCCUGUUGGUGCAUCAGUUCCUGUGGAGACCGUGGUAGCUCCAGUAGAGCCAAUACCAGCGGCGUCUGUUCCCGCUGCAACAUCAGUCACUGUUGAAGCUGUCGUACUAGAUGAAGCAGUACUUCCAGUCACAAAUAUACCUGUCUCUGUUGAAGGUGCUAAGCCUCAAGAAGCUGAGCCCGACGCAGCACUGGCUCCAGGAGAGCCCUUGGUAACUCCUGUAAUUCCAACACCUCCUGUGACAACCGUUGAUCCUGUUGUCGCACCGGUUUCAGGGGAGUCCGCAAUAGUUCUUGUAUCUCCCCUUCAGGAGACGCCUGUCUCUGUCGCUGCACCAGUUUUUGUUGAAGAUGUCGUAACACCAGAAACAGUACCUCCAGUCGCAACAGACGUCUCUGAUGUCGUACUGGUUUCAGCAGAGCCCGAGGUAGUUCCAACACCUUUAGAGAGACCUGUUCCUGACACUUCACCUAUUACUGUUGGAGCAGUGCCUCCAAAUACAAUUGCAGUACUAGUUUCAACAGAGUCCGCGGCUGCUCCAGAAGCACAACCACUUGAGAAAACUGCAUCCGUUGCAACACAAGAAGCGGCGCAAUUAAUAGAGUCUAUUCAAGCUGAUAGCUUUGGGACUGCAGAAAUAAUCGUAGAGGCCCCAGAAGAAAAAUGCUUGCCGGCUUUAGAAUCUGUUGCCUCUCUAGAAGAAAUGUUAGGUACUACAACUCAACAACCAGUAGUGGAAACACCAGUUUCCGAAUCGGAUCCAGCUGAAGUUGAAAUGGAAGCUUUAGUAACUGCGCAGAACCAGACUAAAGUCGCUAAUCAGAUUUCAAAUGUAAAUGCAGAUAUCGUGCCAAUUGCAAAGAUUUAUCCAACACGAAGGGAUCUAAAUACAAACGAUGUAUCACUUUUAGCCAUAGCAGCAACUUUGGAUUCAAUUGCAGAUAAACUAAAGGAUCAAAGAGCCAGGAAUCAAGAAGUUCUCGACCGCAUAUGCGAAAUUGAGAAGAUUCUGGGUGUGACAAAGAACUAAAGUCGAUUUAUUAUUAAAUUACUAAUUGCAUAUUAUUGACAUAUACAACGAAAUAAAGAAUGAUAACCGUAUAAAAAUAAACUAUCGAAUGUGCUGUUCAA